AUGGGGCAUGUCACUCGACUUUGGGUCAGAACGCCUUGGUUACGCCGGUUUGCUUCAACAAAGGGGUCAUCUGACCAAGACCUGGAGCUAGCGAGAACGUGGCUGAAAACUCUGGACUCCAAAACCAUCCCCCGCCAGGUCGGUGAGCUGUCUUUCAGCCGGUCAAGUGGUCCAGGAGGCCAGAACGUGAACAAUGGGGGCAGAGUCAACACGAAAGCAACCCUCAAGGUUCCUUUGGCCGCACUGCUGCCUUUGGUACCUCGUUUGCUCCACCCCAAACUGCACUCAUCCCGCUAUGCGUCCGACCGGUCUCAGACCUUAAUCUUUCAAUCCGAUGAAACCCGGAAACAGUCUAGCAAUGUGGAUUCAUGUUUUGACAAGCUCCACCAACUGUUAGAGAGUUCGGCUAAGGCCGUAAUCCCGGGGGAGACCUCCCCAGGACAGAAAGACCGUGUCCAAAAAUUACAACGAGCUCAAAACGAGUCUCGUCUUAAGGCCAAGAAGUUUCAAAGCGACAAGAAAAGUAAUCGGCGGGGGAAUAAGUAUGAUGAUUGA